AUGAAUAUCUCCAUGGAUGAUAUCUAUGUAUCUGAUGCAGCUUUACGACAACCUAAAAAAGGCAGACUAUUUUGCUUUGUUAUCACCACACCUAAAUAUCACUAUACACGAGUACCAGCUAUAAAUGAAACUUGGUUGCCACGUUGUGAUCAUGGACAAUUUUUCACAAGCGCACAAAUGGAUCCAAGUAUUCCACACAGUACUGUAUUGUCAAAAGUGCCGGACGACUAUGAAUAUCUCUUUCAUAAAACUCUCCUCUCGUUCCAUUACGCAUAUACAGAGGUUUCGGAUGAAUUCGAGUGGUAUUUUAAGGCAGAUGAUGAUACGUAUGUUAUAAUGGAGCAUAUGUACGAAUAUUUGGCGACACUAGAUCCAUCUGAGCCUUAUUAUCUAGGCUACACACUCAAGCCAUAUCUAGUAAGUUCUGUACUUCCUUCCGUUAUACGAUUUUAA